AUGGCGUCAGUGAAGGCCGUCCAGACAUUCGGCAAAAAGAAGACUGCUACUGCGGUGGCGCACGCGAAGGAGGGACGGGGACUCAUCCACAUAAACGGCUCGCCCAUUAGCCUCCUCCAGCCUGAGCUCCUGCGCCUUAAGGUCUACGAGCCAAUCCUCGUUGCUGGUGAGGAGUCGUUCGGCGUCAUCGAUAUUCGCGUACGCGUGAAAGGUGGUGGACACACUUCGCAAGUGUACGCCAUCCGCCAGGCGAUCGCAAAGGCGCUCGUUGCGUACUAUGCGAAGUACGUCGACGCGUACAGCGCGAUGGAGCUGAAGAAGAAGCUGGUUGCGUACGACAGAACACUACUGAUUGCGGACCCGAGGAGAAUGGAGCCCAAGAAAUUCGGCGGUGGUGGUGCCCGUGCGCGCAGGCAGAAGUCUUACCGUUAA